CGACUUCGUCCAAUCAGCGACUAGCGUGUACAGAUAAUGAAGUUUUGCUCCAAACUCGCGGAAAUUUACUCAAAUAGUAAAAGAAACAGAUUGUGUCAACACGGAGUUGUUGUUGUAAGAAAUUGGCAAAAUGUCAUACACAGCUCAGACCAACAAAACGGUCUUUGACCGUUACAUGGACCUACCCUUGGACAAUAAGGUCAUGUGUGAGUACAUCUGGAUUGACGGCACAGGAGAAGGUGUCCGAUCCAAAUGUAAGACCCUGGACUUCGAACCUAAGGAUCCCAAAGAGUGCCCCGUUUGGAAUUAUGAUGGCUCCAGUACGUAUCAGGCAGAAGGUUCAAAUUCGGACAUGUACCUCUACCCUGUGGCUAUCUUCAGAGAUCCAUUCCGGAGGGACCCAAAUAAACUAGUUCUGUGUGAAGUUUACAAAUACAACAAAAAACCAGCAGAAACAAAUCGUAGAAAGACGUGCAAUGAGGUAAUGGAACAGGCUAAAGACAAGAAGCCAUGGUUCGGGAUUGAACAGGAGUACACACUGUUAGAUACUGACGGUCAUCCAUUCGGCUGGCCCAAAAACGGUUUCCCAGGACCUCAAGGACCAUACUAUUGUGGUGUGGGAGCUAAUAAAGUGUACGGACGUGACAUUAUUGAGGCUCACUACAGGGCUUGCCUGUAUGCUGGGGUCAAAAUCGCUGGUUGUAACGCUGAGGUCAUGCCUGCCCAGUGGGAGUUCCAAGUUGGCCCUUGUGAGGGAAUCGCAAUGGGCGACCACCUCUGGGUUGGACGAUAUUUAUUACACAGGGUAGCUGAAGACUUUGGUGUUGUGGUGACCCUUGACCCCAAACCUAUUGAGGGAGACUGGAAUGGUGCUGGGGCUCACUGUAACUACAGUACCCUCCCCAUGAGGCAGGAUGGGGGAAUCAAAUAUAUUGAGGAUGCAAUAGAAAAACUAUCCAAACACCACGUCAGACACAUAAAAGCUUACGACCCGAAGGAAGGAAAAGACAACGAGAGGCGUCUGACAGGAUUCCACGAAACCUCCAGUAUCCACGACUUCUCUGCUGGGGUGGCUAAUCGUGGUGCAAGCAUCCGAAUUCCCCGCAAUGUUGCAGAAGAAAAGAAAGGUUACCUCGAAGACAGACGUCCCUCCUCCAAUUGUGAUCCCUACUCCGUAACGGAAGUCAUUGUCAGAACAACGUGUGUAGAUUAAGAGACCAAUAAACUGUCUUCUUUGUUUUUGUGUAUUGUCCCGUACGUUCAUAUUUUCGUUUAAAAUGAAAAAAAAACUUUCAAGAGUUCAUAUUAUAUUUCCUAUAAGUGUGUUGAAAACCGUACUUCUAUUUUUUAAAAGUGUUCAUAUUUUGUUUUUAAAUUGAUUUAUAUAUAUCUAUGCAUUAUGUUUUCAUAUAAAAGAUCUGCGCUGCGUACCAUUGAUUCAUUAAUCAUAUUGAGUAAGUUAUAUAUGUAUAUUUUUAUUUACAUGUGUAUAAGUUUAGCAAACCUUGUUUUACACAGUUGUAUCUGAUGAAUCCCUAGGAAUCUCCAGAAUGGGCUUCAGUUUUAUUAUGAAAAGUGAAUAAUAAUAAUAAAUUGUUACUUAAAAUUAAAAA